CCGGCUUAGAGGACAGCGGGCCAGGCGGGUGGUGGGGUUGGGGGCCUGAAGUGGUGGUACCGGCGCUGGCGGCGGCAGCAGCUGAGGUCUUGGCCGAAGCCGCGCGAAUAUUUAAAGGAAGCUUCUCUCCAAAGAAGCUCAGGGCAAGAUGCUUGGGACCGGACCUGCCGCCGCCACCACAGCUACCACCACAUCCAGCAAUGUGAGCGUUCUGCAGCAGUUUGCCAGUGGUCUGAAGAGCCGGAAUGAGGAGACCAGAGCAAAAGCUGCCAAGGAGCUCCAGCACUAUGUCACCAUGGAGCUUCGAGAGAUGAGUCAAGAGGAGUCAACUCGCUUCUAUGAUCAACUGAACCAUCACAUUUUUGAACUGGUUUCCAGCUCAGAUGCCAAUGAGAGGAAAGGUGGCAUCUUGGCCAUAGCCAGCCUCAUAGGAGUGGAAGGCGGCAAUGCCACCCGGAUCGGCAGAUUUGCUAACUAUCUUCGGAACCUCCUUCCCUCUAAUGACCCAGUUGUCAUGGAAAUGGCCUCCAAGGCUAUUGGCCGCCUUGCCAUGGCAGGGGACACUUUCACUGCUGAGUACGUGGAGUUUGAGGUGAAGCGAGCCCUGGAAUGGCUGGGUGCUGACCGCAACGAGGGCCGGAGACAUGCAGCUGUUCUGGUUCUCCGUGAGCUGGCCAUCAGCGUCCCCACCUUCUUCUUCCAGCAAGUGCAACCCUUCUUUGACAACAUUUUUGUGGCUGUAUGGGAUCCCAAACAGGCCAUCCGUGAGGGAGCUGUAGCUGCCCUUCGUGCCUGUCUGAUUCUCACCACCCAGCGUGAGCCAAAGGAGAUGCAGAAGCCCCAGUGGUACAGGCACACAUUCGAAGAAGCGGAGAAAGGGUUUGACGAGACCUUAGCCAAGGAGAAGGGCAUGAAUCGGGAUGAUCGGAUCCAUGGAGCCUUGCUGAUCCUCAAUGAGCUGGUCCGAAUCAGCAGCAUGGAGGGAGAGCGCCUGAGAGAAGAAAUGGAAGAAAUCACACAGCAGCAAUUGGUCCAUGACAAGUACUGCAAAGAUCUCAUGGGCUUCGGAACAAAACCUCGCCACAUUACCCCCUUUACCAGUUUCCAGGCUGUGCAGCCCCAGCAGUCAAAUGCCUUGGUAGGACUGCUGGGAUACAGCUCUCACCAAGGCCUCAUGGGAUUUGGGGCUUCCCCCUGCCCAGCUAAGUCCACCCUGGUGGAGAGCCGGUGUUGCAGAGACUUGAUGGAGGAGAAAUUUGAUCAGGUGUGCCAGUGGGUGCUGAAAUGCAGGAAUAGCAAGAACUCGCUGAUCCAAAUGACAAUCCUUAAUUUGUUGCCCCGCUUGGCUGCAUUUCGGCCUUCUGCCUUCACAGAUACCCAGUACCUCCAAGAUACCAUGAACCAUGUCCUAAGCUGUGUCAAGAAGGAGAAGGAACGUACAGCAGCCUUCCAAGCCCUGGGGCUACUUUCUGUGGCUGUGAGGUCUGAGUUUAAGGUCUAUUUACCUCGUGUGCUGGACAUCAUUCGAGCAGCCUUGCCCCCUAAGGACUUUGCCCAUAAGAGACAGAAGGCAAUGCAGGUGGAUGCCACAGUGUUCACUUGCAUCAGCAUGUUAGCUCGAGCAAUGGGUCCAGGCAUCCAGCAGGAUAUCAAGGAGCUGCUAGAGCCCAUGCUGGCGGUGGGACUGAGCCCUGCCCUCACAGCUGUGCUCUAUGACCUGAGCCGUCAGAUUCCACAGCUGAAGAAGGACAUCCAAGAUGGGCUACUGAAGAUGCUGUCCCUGGUCCUUAUGCACAAACCCCUCCGGCACCCAGGAAUGCCCAAGGGCCUAGCCCAUCAGCUGGCUUCCCCUGGCCUCACAACCCUCCCUGAGGCCAGCGAUGUGGGCAGCAUCACUCUUGCCCUCCGAACUCUUGGCAGCUUUGAAUUUGAAGGCCACUCUCUGACCCAGUUUGUCCGCCACUGCGCGGAUCAUUUCCUGAACAGCGAGCACAAGGAGAUCCGCAUGGAAGCCGCCCGCACCUGCUCCCGCCUGCUCACGCCCUCCGUCCACCUCAUCAGCGGCCAUGCUCAUGUGGUUAGCCAGACUGCAGUGCAAGUGGUAGCAGAUGUACUCAGCAAACUGCUCGUGGUUGGGAUAACAGAUCCUGACCCUGACAUCCGCUACUGUGUCUUGGCAUCCCUGGAUGAGCGCUUUGAUGCACACCUGGCCCAGGCAGAGAAUUUGCAGGCCCUGUUUGUGGCCCUGAAUGACCAAGUGUUUGAGAUCCGGGAGCUGGCCAUCUGCACUGUGGGCCGGCUCAGUAGCAUGAACCCGGCUUUCGUCAUGCCUUUCCUACGCAAGAUGCUCAUCCAGAUUUUGACAGAGCUGGAGCACAGUGGCAUUGGAAGGAUCAAAGAGCAGAGUGCCCGCAUGCUGGGGCACCUGGUCUCCAACGCUCCCCGGCUCAUCCGCCCCUACAUGGAGCCUAUUCUGAAGGCUUUAAUUUUGAAACUGAAAGAUCCAGACCCUGAUCCAAACCCAGGUGUGAUCAAUAAUGUCUUGGCUACAAUAGGAGAAUUGGCUCAGGUUAGUGGCUUAGAAAUGAGAAAAUGGGUUGAUGAACUGUUUAUCAUCAUCAUGGACAUGCUCCAGGACUCUUCUCUUUUGGCCAAAAGGCAGGUGGCUCUCUGGACCCUGGGACAGUUGGUGGCCAGCACUGGCUAUGUGGUGGAGCCCUACAGGAAGUACCCCACUUUGCUUGAGGUGCUGCUGAAUUUUCUGAAGACUGAGCAGAACCAGGGUACCCGGAGAGAGGCUAUCCGUGUGUUAGGGCUUCUGGGGGCCUUGGAUCCCUACAAGCACAAAGUGAACAUCGGCAUGAUCGACCAGUCCCGUGACGCUUCUGCUGUCAGCCUGUCAGAAUCCAAGUCAAGUCAGGAUUCCUCUGACUACAGCACCAGUGAAAUGCUGGUCAACAUGGGGAACCUGCCUCUGGACGAGUUCUACCCAGCUGUGUCCAUGGUGGCCCUGAUGCGGAUCUUCCGAGACCAGUCCCUCUCUCACCAUCACACCAUGGUUGUCCAGGCCAUCACCUUCAUCUUCAAGUCCCUGGGGCUCAAGUGUGUGCAGUUCCUGCCCCAGGUCAUGCCCACGUUCCUGAAUGUCAUUCGGGUCUGUGACGGGGCCAUCCGGGAAUUUCUGUUCCAGCAGUUGGGAAUGUUGGUGUCCUUUGUGAAGAGCCACAUCAGACCUUAUAUGGAUGAAAUAGUCACCCUCAUGAGAGAAUUCUGGGUCAUGAACACCUCAAUCCAGAGCACAAUCAUUCUUCUCAUUGAGCAAAUUGUGGUAGCUCUUGGGGGUGAAUUUAAGCUGUACCUGCCCCAGCUGAUCCCGCACAUGCUACGUGUCUUCAUGCAUGACAACAGCCCAGGCCGCAUUGUCUCCAUCAAGUUGCUGGCUGCAAUCCAGCUGUUUGGUGCCAACCUGGAUGACUAUCUGCACUUGUUGUUGCCUCCGAUUGUGAAGUUGUUUGAUGCCCCUGAAGUUCCACUGCCAUCUCGAAACGAUUGUUGUAGGGCAGCGUUAGAGACGGUGGACCGCCUAACAGAGUCCCUGGAUUUCACUGACUAUGCCUCCCGGAUCAUUCACCCGAUUGUUCGAACACUGGACCAGAGCCCAGAACUGCGUCCCACAGCCAUGGACACCUUGUCUUCACUUGUCUUUCAGCUGGGGAAGAAGUAUCAAAUUUUCAUUCCAAUGGUGAAUAAAGUCCUGGUGCGACACCGAAUCAACCAUCAGCGCUAUGAUGUGCUUAUCUGCAGAAUUGUCAAGGGAUACACCCUUGCUGAUGAAGAAGAGGACCCUUUGAUUUACCAGCAUCGAAUGCUGAGGAGUGGCCAAGGGGAUGCAUUGGCUAGUGGACCAGUAGAAACGGGGCCCAUGAAGAAACUGCAUGUCAGCACCAUCAACCUCCAAAAGGCCUGGGGAGCUGCCAGAAGGGUCUCCAAAGAUGACUGGCUGGAAUGGCUGCGGCGGCUGAGUCUGGAGCUGCUGAAGGACUCCUCAUCACCCUCCCUGCGCUCCUGCUGGGCCCUGGCUCAGGCCUACAACCCAAUGGCCAGGGAUCUCUUCAAUGCUGCAUUUGUGUCCUGCUGGUCUGAACUGAAUGAAGACCAGCAGGAUGAACUCAUUAGAAGCAUUGAGUUGGCCCUCACUUCACAGGACAUUGCUGAAGUCACACAAACGCUCUUAAACUUGGCUGAAUUCAUGGAACACAGUGACAAGGGCCCCCUGCCAUUGAGAGACGACAAUGGCAUCGUCCUGCUGGGUGAGAGGGCUGCCAAGUGCCGAGCAUAUGCCAAAGCACUACACUACAAAGAACUGGAGUUCCAGAAAGGUCCAACCCCCGCCAUCCUAGAAUCUCUCAUCAGCAUUAAUAAUAAGCUACAGCAACCAGAGGCAGCUGCCGGGGUGUUAGAAUACGCCAUGAAACACUUUGGAGAGCUGGAGAUUCAGGCUACCUGGUAUGAGAAACUGCAUGAGUGGGAGGAUGCUCUUGUAGCAUAUGAUAAGAAAAUGGACACCAACAAGGAUGACCCAGAGCUGAUGCUGGGCCGCAUGCGCUGCCUCGAGGCCUUGGGGGAAUGGUGCUUCAUCUUUAUUGAAUGCUUACUGCAUGCCCAGACCAUGCCAGGCUCCAGGGGACAAAAAAAGAGGGGGCAGCUCCACCAGCAGUGCUGUGAAAAGUGGACCCUGGUUAAUGAUGAGACCCAAGCCAAGAUGGCCCGGAUGGCUGCUGCAGCCGCGUGGGGCUUAGGUCAGUGGGACAGCAUGGAAGAGUACACCUGUAUGAUCCCUCGGGACACCCACGAUGGGGCAUUUUAUAGGGCUGUGCUGGCACUACAUCAGGACCUCUUCUCCUUGGCACAACAGUGCAUCGACAAAGCCAGAGACCUGCUGGAUGCUGAGUUAACCGCUAUGGCAGGAGAGAGCUACAGUCGGGCAUAUGGGGCCAUGGUUUCUUGCCACAUGCUCUCUGAGCUGGAGGAGGUUAUCCAGUACAAACUUGUCCCCGAGCGACGAGAGAUCAUCCGCCAGAUCUGGUGGGAGAGACUGCAGGGCUGCCAGCGUAUUGUGGAGGACUGGCAGAAAAUCCUUAUGGUGCGCUCCCUUGUGGUCAGCCCUCAUGAGGACAUGAGGACCUGGCUCAAGUAUGCAAGCCUAUGUGGCAAGAGUGGCAGGCUGGCUCUUGCUCAUAAAACUUUAGUGUUGCUCCUGGGAGUUGAUCCAUCGCGGCAACUUGACCAUCCUCUGCCAACAGUUCAUCCUCAGGUGACCUACGCCUACAUGAAAAACAUGUGGAAGAGUGCUCGCAAGAUCGAUGCCUUCCAGCACAUGCAGCACUUUGUUCAGACCAUGCAGCAGCAGGCCCAGCACGCCAUUGCUACUGAGGACCAGCAGCACAAGCAAGAGCUGCACAAGCUCAUGGCCCGGUGUUUCCUGAAACUCGGGGAGUGGCAGCUGAACCUACAGGGCAUCAACGAGAGCACCAUCCCCAAAGUCCUGCAGUACUACAGCGCCGCCACGGAGCACGACCGCAGCUGGUACAAGGCCUGGCAUGCAUGGGCAGUGAUGAACUUCGAAGCUGUGCUACACUACAAACAUCAGAACCAAGCCCGUGAUGAGAAGAAGAAGCUGCGUCACACCAGUGGGGCCAACAUCACCAAUGCGGCCACUGCUGCCACCACAGCAGCCACUGCCACCGCCACUGCCACCAGCACUGAGGGCAGCAACAGUGAGAGCGAGGCCGAGAGCACCGAGAACAGCCCUACCCCAUCUCCUCUGCAGAAGAAGGUCACUGAGGAUUUGUCCAAAACCCUCUUGAUGUACACUGUCCCUGCUGUCCAGGGCUUCUUCCGUUCUAUCUCGCUGUCACGAGGCAACAACCUCCAGGAUACGCUCAGAGUCCUCACCUUAUGGUUUGAUUAUGGCCACUGGCCAGAUGUAAAUGAAGCCUUAGUGGAAGGGGUGAAAGCGAUCCAGAUUGACACUUGGUUACAGGUUAUACCUCAGCUCAUUGCAAGAAUUGAUACACCGAGGCCCUUGGUGGGACGUCUCAUUCACCAGCUUCUCACAGACAUUGGUCGGUACCACCCCCAGGCCCUCAUCUACCCCUUGACUGUGGCUUCUAAGUCCACCACCACAGCCCGUCACAACGCAGCCAACAAGAUUCUGAAGAACAUGUGUGAGCACAGUAACACCCUGGUCCAGCAGGCCAUGAUGGUGAGUGAGGAGCUGAUCCGAGUGGCCAUCCUCUGGCAUGAGAUGUGGCAUGAAGGCCUGGAGGAAGCGUCGCGUUUGUACUUUGGGGAGAGGAAUGUGAAAGGCAUGUUUGAGGUGCUGGAGCCCCUGCAUGCUAUGAUGGAACGGGGACCCCAGACUCUGAAGGAAACAUCCUUUAACCAGGCGUAUGGUCGAGAUUUAAUGGAGGCCCAAGAGUGGUGCAGGAAGUAUAUGAAAUCAGGGAAUGUCAAGGAUCUCACUCAAGCCUGGGACCUCUAUUAUCAUGUGUUCAGACGAAUCUCAAAGCAGCUGCCUCAGCUCACAUCCUUAGAGCUGCAAUAUGUUUCCCCAAAACUUUUGAUGUGCCGGGACCUCGAAUUGGCUGUGCCAGGAACCUAUGACCCCAACCAGCCGAUCAUUCGCAUUCAGUCCAUAGCACCGUCUUUGCAAGUCAUCACAUCCAAGCAGAGGCCCCGGAAGUUGACACUUAUGGGCAGCAACGGGCAUGAGUUUGUUUUCCUCCUGAAGGGCCAUGAAGAUCUACGACAGGACGAACGAGUGAUGCAGCUCUUUGGCCUGGUUAACACUCUUUUGGCCAAUGACCCAACAUCUCUUCGGAAAAACCUCAGCAUCCAGAGAUAUGCUGUCAUCCCGUUAUCAACUAACUCGGGCCUCAUCGGCUGGGUCCCCCACUGUGACACUCUGCAUGCUCUCAUCCGGGACUACAGGGAGAAAAAGAAGAUCCUUCUCAACAUUGAGCAUCGCAUCAUGUUGCGGAUGGCUCCGGACUACGAUCACCUGACCCUGAUGCAGAAGGUCGAGGUGUUUGAGCAUGCUGUCAAUAACACAGCCGGGGACGACCUGGCCAAGCUGCUGUGGCUGAAAAGCCCCAGCUCCGAGGUGUGGUUUGACCGAAGAACCAAUUAUACCCGCUCCUUAGCAGUCAUGUCCAUGGUUGGGUAUAUUUUGGGCCUGGGAGAUAGACACCCAUCCAACCUAAUGCUGGACCGGCUGAGUGGGAAGAUCCUGCACAUUGACUUUGGGGACUGCUUUGAGGUUGCUAUGACCAGAGAGAAAUUCCCAGAGAAGAUUCCUUUUAGACUAACAAGAAUGUUGACCAAUGCUAUGGAGGUUACCGGUCUGGAUGGCAACUACAGAAUCACGUGCCACACAGUGAUGGAAGUGCUUCGGGAACACAAGGACAGUGUCAUGGCCGUGCUGGAAGCCUUUGUCUAUGACCCCUUGCUGAACUGGAGGCUGAUGGACACAAAUACCAAAGGCAACAAGCGGUCCCGAACGAGGACAGAUUCCUACUCUGCUGGCCAGUCAGUAGAAAUUUUGGAUGGUGUGGAACUUGGGGAACCAGCCCAUAAGAAAACGGGGACCACAGUGCCAGAAUCUAUUCAUUCUUUCAUUGGAGACGGUUUGGUGAAACCAGAGGCCCUAAAUAAGAAAGCUAUUCAAAUUAUUAACAGGGUUCGAGAUAAACUCACUGGUCGGGACUUCUCUCAUGAUGAAACUUUGGAUGUCCCAACACAAGUUGAGCUGCUCAUCAAACAAGCAACAUCCCAUGAAAACCUCUGCCAGUGCUACAUCGGCUGGUGUCCUUUCUGGUAACUGGAGGCCCAGACGUGCCCACAGCAUUUCUCUUGAGGCUUUUGUACUUUGGUGUGUGCUUCCACUAAACUGAAACCUUGGUCAAAAAGUUCGACUUUGUUAAAUAUUUUGAAAUGUAAAUGAAAAGAACUACUGUAUAUUAAAAGUUGGUUUGAACCAACUUUCUAGCUGCUGUUGAAGAAUAUAUUGUCAGAAACACAAGGCUUGAUUUGGUUCCCAGGACAGUAAACACAGUAAUACUACAUUAAUCAAGCCAUUGAUUUUGGGGAACAGAAGAUCCAUAACUUUAGAAAUACGGGUUUUGACUUAACUCACCAGAGAACUCAUCCUAAGCAUUUGCUGACAGAAGAAUGGCCUAGUCGUUCCUCUCAACAAGGAUAAAGCCAACUCAGCGCAGUCAAGAAGCCUCAGGUCGUGGAGGACAUGUAUUAGGAUUCUGGACUGUAAGGAAGCGAGAGAAGCCAACUGCAUCAUUUUCGCCCAUCCCAUUACCUCACCGGUCCGUGGACAGCAACAACAUUUGCAAGAUGGGCCAAAAUGGGUGGAAAAGGUCUGUCUUCUGCCUCACCCACGAUGCUGCGACUUACAUACUUCAAUCCAAGACCCGAACUGCUAGGAAAGGAGCUCCUUCAGAUGCUGGGCAGCUCAGCCAAGUAGAUGUACAGAGGGGACUGUGGUGCAGUAGGGUGCCCACGUUGGCCUUCCCCAGCACGAUUCCUGGGUGUUUUCAGGGAGAUCUGGGUGCUCUAUGUUUAGAGCAAGGGCUUGGAAAACAGGAAUGUUGUCAUGGAGGUGCUGAACGCAGAGAGGAAAGGCCUAGUACACGUUGGGUAUCAUGAGCAAAGACACACUAAACUGAAUGCACAAAGUAUAAAGUGGAGCCAUGUCUAGACACCAUGUUGUAUCUGAGUAAUUUUUGUGCCAAUAAAUGACAUCAGAAUUUUAAAAACA